AUGGAAUUAGAGGACCAAAACAGAAGAAUCAAUCAAAUCAAACAGGAGCACACUGACACAACUGAAGGUCAGAGAAAGACAAUACAGACUCAGGGAGAAACAAUUCGUGAAUUAACAUCUCAUAAUGGAUGUCAGCAGGCAAAAGGAACACAGAGUCUAGACUAUUCUAGUGCUGGGCAAUAUGGAAACAUAUCAUACAACAAGAAUGAAAAUAAACUAAGAGUUGAGAGAGUAAAUGAUCUUACAGUUGAUAUUAUUGAAUGUGCAGGAACCAAUGUUAACAUAGUAAGAGGAGUAGUAGGAAAUAUAAAUGGUGGAGGUUGUGCUUCACUGACGAUAGGCGGUUGAUUGUUUAGUGGUAACAUGCCUUACUAUCAAUCCAGAGGUUCAGGGUUAAAAUCCCUUGUAUUUCAUUAACAAAAAAAAAUUAUUUUCAGGGGGAUGACUAUAAACUGAGUUUACCAGUUAUUUAGGUUUGAGUAUCAAGAAAAUCAUCAGAUGCAAAGCACAUAUCAACUAGAGUUACCCAAGUCUUUUCUCACUGACCUUGAAUUUUCAUAAUUUAUAUAAAUUACCAAAAUUAUUUCCUUCCAUCUUUUAUAAUAAAUCUUCUUUCACUGACAUGUUUACUGAUGAUACGAUAAUAACAGCCUUUGGCAAAUCAGCAAAGUAGAACUUUUUGAAGAAUGGUACAAAAACAAAAUUCUAUUCGUCUUAACCAAAACAGCCUAACAUCAUAUCACAGAUAACAUACAGCAGAAAUCACAAGCACCAAUAUGAUAUACAUGUAUGGCCAAGAUUUAUUAUAUAUCUAACUUCAAAAACUACAGAGUUCAUGUCAACCAGAAAUUUAACUGGAAGGCAUCAGUUUAUCAAAUCCUACAUUAUCUUUUAAAAAAUUGCAGAUUAAAUUCAUUUCGAAACUCCA